AUCGGGUCUGCUGGUGGUAUGGGACCUCCGCGCUCGCACCGCCGAGUGGCGGGGAGCCCUGGGGACCGGGGGGCCCGCCGACGGGGUCAGGGCCGCCGCCUGGCAACACGAUGGUAAACUAAUGACUGCUCACAUCGACGGUGCCCUGGCGACAUGGACUACGAGGGGACCGAGACCUUCUUCCGUUUCUUAUCCUCAUGCGAAAGCAACCAAAGACGGUAAAUUGGAGACCUGCAAACCUAUACACCGGCUUGAAUGGAAAACUUCGAAAACAGGUGAAAGCUUGGUGAUAUUCAGCGGUGGGUUGCCGACAGACAAGGCCGGGAAAACGCACAGCAUCACCGUCCUCAACGGAAAGAGCACUACCGUGCUAGAGAUGGAGCAUAGCGUCGUUGACUUCGUAACCUUAUGCGAGACUCCCCACACUGCCGACUACCAAGAGCCGUACGCGAUAGUGGUGCUGCUCCAGAACGACCUGGUGGUUAUAGACCUGCUGUCUCCAGGAUACCCCUGCUUCGAGAACCCAUACCCCAUGGACAUUCAUGAGUCUCCCGUCACAUGUUGUUCUUACUUUGCUGAUUGUCCCUCCGAUUUGAUCCCCGCGUUCUACUCAGUGGGCAGGCAGGGUAACAAGAAGGUAGCAGGGUUUAGUGAAAAGCUGUGGCCCAUCAACGGUGGAGAGUGGGCACCCGCCUCUUGCUCAUACAGCGAAAUUAUACUCACCGGGCACGCGGACGGUAGCGUCAAGUUCUGGGACGCGAGUGCGGGUACUUUACAGAUCUUGUACAAACUGAAAUGUUCUAAAGUGUUCGAGCGCGGGGGGGUGGCGGGCGGCGGGGCGGCGGGCGAGGAGAGCCCGGUGGCGGCGCAGCAGCUGGCGCUCUGUGCGGAGUCGCGGCGCCUCGCGGUGGCGCUCCCGCACGGACACGUGCUGCUCUUCAAGUUCCGCAAGACGGAGACGCACGGAGAGACACACGUUAUAGAAGUCCCUAUGAUCACGGACACGCUGGAGGAGGAAACGUCUCCGGAGGCCGAGGGCGGGAGGUCCAUGUCGUUCAGUCGAGGAGCGGACUCUGUAGAAGGAGAAAAUAGAAGGUCUGGCGUGUGGGGCGGCUGGUCGUCACUGCGCGUGCGCGGCGCCAGCGGCACGGGGGGCGCGCGGCGUGCUGCGGGGUUCCAGCCCGCCCUCGUGGCGCUGCAGCCCGGCCCGCCCCACGCCGUCACCGCACUCACGCUCAACUCUUCCUACGGACUUAUGGCGUGGGGCGGGGAUCGCGGGGUGGUGGUGGUGGAUAUGUCCCGGCGGUGCGUGGUGUCGGCGCUGUGCACGGCCGCGCUGUACCACGCGCCGCGACACACAGAGAGACAGCGGUCGCCCAGCCUCGACCAGGCGGAGGAGACGCCGCGGCCCUCGCCCGCGCUCAGCCCCGAGGCGCCUGAGGAGGCCGCACCGCCCCCGUUGCCGCUCGAGGAGAAACCUAAGCUCGAUCCGCGCCGAAAGUCCACCUCCUGGAAGAACUUCAACCUCAAGCGACAGCUCUCUAAGGUCGACCUCAAGUUCAAGGCCGCCUUUGCAGUUCCCACCGAGAACAACUUGGAAGAGACGGUCGCAGAAAAGAGCACUUCUCAAUUUUAUUGCGAAGCGACCGAUAAAACCGACGCCGCGGUCGAACCUAACGCGGAGUCACCUGAACUCGACGAUAACAAGACUGUAGUGAACGAAGAGGACAAGAGUCAACUAUCUUCACCGCUGCGGGUGUGCUCCGACGUGUUCGAAAGAAUGCAUAAGGAACUACAGGAGAAGAGGUCCUCUGAUGUUUAUGAUAGGAUGCACAAAGAGCUACAAGAACGGUGGAAGGACAAGGAAGCCAACGAACCUGCUGUCUCCCCCGACGUCUCUCCCGUUGUCGAAGAAGAGAAGGCAACGCGACCCGACAACCUACCUUUAUUCGAAGAAGACGGAAGGCCGACCAGACCGCCUCGCCAAAAGGGAAAGAUCAAAAAGGAGGAUGUCGAAAAGAAGGAUCAGCGAGACCAAAGGCUGCUGUCGGUGCCAAAUAUUAAGUACAGUAAGCAGGAGGGUGCGAAGGAGACGCGACGCAAGCAGCCCUCCAGCCAGCAGGCCUCGUUCGCCGGCAACCUGAUGCGGCGCUUUAACAAACUGGAUAGUUCGUUCUCCCGGUCUCGUUCGAGCAGCAUGUCAAGUCUGGAGAACAUAUCGCAGGAAGGCAUACAGUGCCUCGCCUUCGCUGACAGCUACACGAAGAAGUCUGAUCCGACUACACUACUGCCAACAUUAUGGAUCGGCACAACAUUAGGGUCCGUGCUCACCAUGAUGAUCAGCCUGCCGGAGGCCGACCUGAGGCACACGCAGCCGGUAGUCGUCUCCACAAGUGGAGGUCCCAUAUUUAGAUUAAGAGGUUCCAUACUGACGAUGUCAUUCCUCGACUGCAAUGGUGCUUUAAUUCCUUAUUCAUAUGAAAGUUGGAAAGACGACAGUAAAGAUGUUCGUGAGCGUCGGGAACGAACACCCACUAAGCAGAGUUCUUCAAGUAGUGGCAGUAGAAUGAGCCCGACUCCCGGCCCCACGGAGUGCUCCUCCACAGUGGGCGACAGGCAGUUCGUAGUGAUCGCCUCCGAGAAGCAGGCCAGGGUGGUGGCCUUGCCCAGUCAAAACUGUGUUUAUAGACAACAAAUUGUUGAAACUGAUUUUAUCGUUAAAGCUGAAAUCGUUAGCUUGAAAGAUAGUGUUUGCUUGGUCAAUUACUUGUCAACCGGGCACCUGGCGGCGUACAGUCUGCCAUCGCUGCGGCCUCUCAUCGACGUCGACUUCCUCCCUCUCACCGAACUCAGGAUAGCGAAGACGUUCUGCUUCAGUAACCGCGGGCACGGCCUGUACCUGGCUUCGCCUUCCGAAAUACAGAAGUUCACGAUCGACGCUGAGUUCUGCCAACAAUUGAACGAAAUGUUGGGAGAAGUAUUCUUGGCGCGCGACAUGCCGGAGCCGCCGAAGGAGAGCUUCUUCAGGGGACUUUUCGGUGGAGGAGCGAGACCUCUUGAUCGAGAGGAGCUUUUCGGGGAAAGCAGUGGAAAGGCCAGUCGCACCGUCGCCAAGCACAUCCCGGGGCCAGCCUCAGGCUUGGACCAGCUCGGAGUCCGGGCCUCCACCGCUGCCAGCGAGGUCUCGCGCGCUCACCAGAUGGUUGUGGAGCGCGGAGACAAGUUGUCGCAGCUCGAGGACCGCACCGAGCGAAUGCACUCGCAGGCCGCCGAGUUCUCCUCCUCCGCGCACCAGCUCAUGCUCAAGUACAAGGACAAGAAAUGGUACCAGCUGUGAAGCGUCCCACGGACCCCCGUCGCGGUUUUGUACAUGUCUGUAUGUAUAGUAUAGAUAAAGUAGUAAAACGAGUAGCAGUUUAGUGACGUAACUUUUCUAUCGAUGCUGCACUGUCGGCUCUAGGUGCUGACCUCAUGAAUUUUCUCGGAGGCCGAUAUCCGGUCGCGUCCUUUAGAGCUUAGCUGUCGAAGUAGUCGUCGUAUGGAGUGUUCGUGUAGACGCGACGAACGAACGCACAAAUCGGUAUCAGCAGCGAGCGUAGUGACCCGCUUCUCCGCGAUCAGUCCUUCAAUUAUUUCUGUGCCUAGGCAAGUCUAGAUUUCUUCAUCAAACACGAUUCCUUUGUUGUUUCGACAGCUUUACCGUCGCAGUGGACACAGUUACCAUUUUUAUAUAAAAAUAUCGAUAGUUGUAUCUGUACUUUCGACGAUGUUUUCAAAAGUUUUAUUUAACUUUGAUUACAUUGGGAAAAAUUAAAAAUUUCUUAAAUUUAUUAUUCGUGUAACUAUUAUUUCUAUGACAUAAUAAUUGGGAAUUGUUUUUACAAUCUCUCCCCUGUAUACUUUCAAUAUACACAAAACAUUUCCAGUCUAACUAAAUCUGCGACAACUAGGAAAUGUCGACAAUGUUUUUGACAUCGGGUCGUUCACUGCAAAUGUCAAUGUCACAAUGACAGAUACAUUCGUUCCGUCGAUGACGUGAUACUAAUGUAUUUGUUGAUGUAGUGAAAAUUCGUUCGCUAAUUUUCUUACUACGUUAAUUAAAACUACUUUGAUGGUGUAGACUUAAGAUUAUAACAAGGUCAUUUUCAUUUUAUAUUAUCCAACGUUUGAAAUCGGAUGACCAAGAUCUUACUUGUCCAUAAUAUAUAAUGUUUAUUGACAAGUUUGGCAGAUUGUUCAACUUGGUCGCUCAUAUACACGAUAUAGAAACCCAGGCGUUUCAGAAGCGCUAACUAUGUUCUUAAUCAAAAUUAGGGUCGUGUCAAUGACCUACGUGGAUUUGAUUUAAUUUCGUUUUGCAAGUAUGUAUUUGCAAUUUGGUAAAUUUUAUAAAAUGGUUGACUCCACUGUCGAGAUCUUUUAGACAAACUGCAGGUUUGUGUACUCGAUUCUUCCUGACAUACACUAUUCUAAACCGGUCCUUUUCUUUAACUGAAAUUGUAAGCCGUACAAGUACUUUUGAUUGUCUACGAUCACAAAGUAAGAGAAUUCCUAAUGCCUUAAUAUUCCUUCACGUUACUUACUAAUAUGUGAUACGUGCAUCGUUAAAAUAACUGAAUACCUCUAGAAACUCUCUCGCAUUCCGUCGUCUUUAAAGUCAACAUGAAUUUUAAAAAUAGUUUUGAGGUUUCAUUAAUUCAUAAUUUUUACUUUUUCUUUUUUAAUAGAUAUUGUGACCAUACCAGUAUAAAAAAGGAGUCGAUCACAAAUAAAUAGUAAUAAGCACCCAAAGUCACUCUCGGUCCGUCCGUGUUGCACCCGCGCGUCAUGACACUCACGCGAGUUCGCAUCCCACUCCCAGCCGCGGCCGACCGACUGGGAAUUGAAAACUGUCUAAACAAUAAAUAAAUAAAUAAAAAUUUGAGUUUGUUACCAACAUCAACAGCAAACUAGAUGACCUCCUAAACAGUUGGAACAUAAUUUCUAAGCGUGCGGGAUGUGAGGGAGAUUCACUUCUUCUGCUUUAGAUGAAGGUAUUUUGACAUGUGGCCAGGCCAAUACUAAUUUUAUUAUCUUUAUCCAUCGUAGGCUGCAUUUAAUUUAUAUUCCAAUAAAUGGAUAAUGUGAAUUUUAGUACCUUUUUGCGUAAAAUUGAGAUUAUUUAAAUGUUGCUACUUAUUAAUAAUUUGUAGAUUUAAAUGAGAUAGAUGCAAAAUACUAAACAAUAUUAUAUGAGUCAACUACGACAUGCUAUGGUGAUCUGUAUAAAGUAUUAAAUUAAUAUAUAAAAUAGAUAAAUGUAAUAUUAUAUUAUAUUAUAUAGUUGAAAUUUUAAGCAUUGGAUGACAAUAAUUUUGUUAAAGUUAUUUCUCAGUUGUGUGUUAGUGUCGUGCCGUUUCGGUACAUUUGUUUUUCUUUUCAUGCGGAAGUUUUAUUUUUAUUGCAUUUUUAUUAUUAUACUUAUUUUAUGUACGUAAUUAAACUUUUCAUUCUUAAUUAGAAAUGAUUUAAUAUACUUAUUCUCAAUUUAAAAGCAACAUUUUGAAUCGCCUUAUUAUAAAAGCAAUAUUGAAUUCGGGUUGCAAGCCUAAACAAGACCAAUCGUUGUUGUGUCGGUGUUGCUAGCGCUAAAUGUAUAAAUGACGCGUUAAAUAUUGUAAACUACUAAACGCUAUUUGUAUAUCGCUGUGUAUUUUAAGGUAAUAGCAGAGAUACUCGUUAAAAUAUUUUUAUGACCUUCAGUCGGCUCAGUCUGAGCAACUUUAUUAUUUCAACAAAUAUUGUCAGUUCGAUUUAUUUGCGAAGCCAAUGGUUUCAGUGUUCCAAGGGAUCCGCCUUUAGCUCGUAGGCAGAGCUAAUGAAGCUGUGACUUGGGAAUUAAAUAUUUCUACUUUAGGCAUAUUUUCUUAUUUUGGUUAGUUUUUAGCUUCCAUCAUGACGAGCAUGCGACACGGUAAUGAAGACUUUUUUCAGAAGAUUCGAGAACUAUUUCAAUGAGUUUCAUCUGCUCAUAAUAAUGAUAUCCUGUAGAGUACAGAGUGUGCCGGGCGAUCUCUCUGCUUCUUUACAGCCAGUUCCUUACGUUACGUUUAUUGUUUACUCUAUAUUUACGUCCAAUGUUAAUUAUUCGCUAAACCUAAUAAGUCUAUAAGUUUUUAGCUUGAUUUACAUACCGUAGACUGGCUAGUUCUGUAAAUUCGCAAAUAUUUGAAACAUUUUGAAAAUAGCUUUUAACAUAUUUAUUUUUGAUAAAUAAUUCCAAAGGUUAGUUCUAAAAGUUGAUAUGCAGUAAAAUGACUAAUGGAUCAUAAUGUAUCCGUUCUUGUUAGUCAAAGAUUAGGGUCACUGAAGAAACUGGGUGGUAACGUUGAAAAAUGUAAAGAGAAAUAAUUUACACAAUCGCACCUCUAGAACUUAUCUGACACAGUUGAAAAUGUUGCUAUUUGCGAACGGAUACUUCGAGAAUGUGCGUUUACAAUAUAACACAACAGAAACAUUACUUAUUUAGUGGUGGUGAUGGUACAGACAUUCCGACUACUAGGUACCAGUACUCUGCCCAAUCCUAGAACCAACCAUGCGUACCGCAUGAAAGGUACCGCACUGGCUCUCUCGAUGCUAAUAAAAUAUAAUAUCUAUGAAAAUUGAAAGAUUACGAAAUUAUAAUAGAUAGCAGUUUUAAAAUUUGUUGAUGUUAUGUAAACUGUAGAAUGUUAAUGUGUCACUUCGAUCCAAAUAUAGGUGUCGACGAAUUGUCUAUACCUAAAUGAUUGCCAACUAAUAAAUAUCGCGGACUACUAAGUAACUGACAUAAACAAGGCAGUCAUUAACGGCACGUUUCAAUUAAUUGAGUUAUCUAUACAAAUGCAAUACUUAGAUUUAAAAAAAAAGUGUUUCAAUAAAUGUUAAAAUAAUGUCUAAAUACGUAUAUAUAUAUUAUUGUUACUGUUUUGUAUGUAGGGGCGAUAGAUAGUUAUGUUUAGGCAGACUUUUUUAUAAAUUAUCGGGAGACACAGAAAUUUUGUUACGAUGUCCACCUGUUGUUUUAAUCGAUGUUAUAUUUUCGUAGCUAUUUACAAUUUUAGCUGUUGAAAAACCUGUUUGAGGCAUGUCUCGGAUUUUUAUAGAUUUUAAAAAGUGUAUAAAAUAUUACGUCUAUUAUGAUAGAACACAGUGCUAAUUGUGUUUAUCGAACAAGAAGUCUCAAACACAGUACUUCAAAAUAAAUUGUAACAUGAGUAGUAAAAUGUUUAAUUUAUGAAAUCACAAGAUGCACCUACGUAACAAAACUAAAAUUCGCCAAUGUAUUUUUACUUUUUCUAAUUUAUGUAUGUAUGUAUAUAUCUUAAUGCGCUUUUAUAUGUAAAAUCACACGAAACGUACACCGAGAAAUUGUGACUAUCAUAACAAUAAAAUUAACACAUUUUAAUUUAAUUCUCUUUUCCGAACUUGUCUCAAACUAGGAAAAAUUUUAACAAAAAAAAAUUUAAAUAUUUCUUUAAACAUUUUGCUGUACAUGAUGGGGCCGUAUCUCGGUGGCAUAUCAAUGGAUAUAUCAUAAUGUUAUCACGUACCAACUACACGAGGAUAAAUAUAUACGUAUACUUUUGAGAAACGGCUUACCAUGGUCUCUAUGGUCCCUUACGAUAAAUUAGUGAAUAAAUAAUGCAUUCCAUUUUCACAUUGUCACACUAUUGACUCAUUCUCUUUUCUGUAAGGAAUUAACAUUAACCAAAUGUCUGCCCCGUCUCCUUCUCUCGCAAGUUCAUUCAAUACUUCACUCUGGUGCAUAGUUACGAAUAUAUUUUAUUAUAUAUUUUAUAAGCAGAGUUCUACGAUAUCGUUAAAGUGCAAUAAGCGUUGUUUAUCAAUCGUCUAGUCUGUCCUUCCAGUCCCAACUCACCUCAUAGUAUACAAAUAUUAUUACUAUAAUAUUAAAAAGCAUCAAGUUAAGUUUUGUUUGAUUCUAUCGUUGUUAUUGUUGAAGUCACGUUGCUAUGUAAGUUAUAAUCAUUUACGUUUCCAUAAAUGCAAUUAAUAAUAAUAGAUUAAUGGGGAUGUGCUAAUAAUUUCUAAAUUACAUCAUUUCAUUGACUGGCACGUUCCCGACGGAAUCUAAAGCAAAUGCUAAAUUAAUUUUGAAAUUAUGGGACUAACGUAAUAAUAAUAAGAUAUGUAAAUAAAGUUAUAAAGAGAAAAAACUUGUGGCAAAUUAAUGAUUGUUAUCUAAAGUAGAAUCAUUUCAGCGCCAUUUUGUAUCGACUUCAGAACGUUUCCUAGCGUCGCCACAGCGGCCACUAUACAGACUGUACAUAAUAUGGAAGCUGUUGGACUAUAUUAUUUAGUUUGGUAGAUGAAUAUUAUAGUCAUUACAAUAUAUAAAUAAAUUAUAAAAAUAUUAAAAAUAAACUUAUAUCAAAAUG